ACCACCACCGCUACUCCCUCCAAAGCGCUCAUUGCGGAGAGGUUACUCACAGUCGGUCACAGAGGAGGAUCAUUACAGGUUCCAAACCAAUGAGAGCAGGUAGAAUGACGACGUUGAGCCGAAACACCGCUUUCUAAUCGUCGUUAUUGAUGCGACGCACGUCCUCACGAAGCUCCCCGACAACGCGACGGGACACACUCAUGUGUGGUUGGUGCCAGUGUUUAUCGCCAUGAAGGCAGCUUCAGGUUACUGCGACUUGCUUUCGUUUCCCUGCAGGCUGCGGCCAGGACCGUGCAAGUUUAACGGUUAAAGGGGCCUGAUCUGCCCUCGUCCGACAGUCCUAACAUUUCCAUAUGGACAUGAGAGGCUUCAGGAGGUGGUGAUGGAGCUCCAGGAGUUGAGCUGGCUGGGUCUAGUGGGGCUCUUCCUGGCCUCCAUGCUCAUAGUGUUGGCCUGGCUCUUGCAGUACUCGCUGACCCUCCUUCGGCUGUGGAGAAGCAGGAAGGCGGCCGAGCAGCGUCAACAUCAGCAGCAUCACGGCUGGGCUGGGAGUGUGCGGGGCUUCCUGGUGAAGCUGCGUAUGGCUCGGGAUGGAGGAGCUGCAUCUGAAGCCGGGGUUAAAGCUCUGUUGACCUCUCUCUUGUCCUUCAAGUCAAUCAGGGAACAGUGUCUCAGGAGCUGGGUGAAAGCUUUGAAUGAGCAAGCCUGCAGGAAUGGGAGCGCAAUCCAAAUCACUUUUGACAACCGUCUGCAGUUUACUGCCACCCCUGCAAUAGAGACUGUCACCUGCACAGACCAAUCAGCACAAAGAAUGGUUUUACAUUGUAAAUGUCGUGUGGACACGGUGGCAUUUCCUGUGACGGUAACACGGCAGUCCCCUGCCGCCAUCGCCAUGGACUCCUAUCAAAUUACGAUCGCACCUACAGCAGCAAAGGUGGUCGCAUGUCUGAAAGAGGUGGAAGACGAAGGUAUCCAAGUGUCGUGGACUCUUUCCAAGCAGCCAUCUUUUAAACUGUCAGCCUCGUCAUGCAAACUUCAGAGACUUGUGAGAAUAUUCAAAAUCUACUGUACUCAAAUGGGUGCCAAUGCAGAAGCAGACCUGGACGUGAUCACGAGCCUGAUAGAGGAUACUCUGUUCAGCUCUCAUCCAGCCAUGGUCCUCAACCUCAGGGCCUGUGAAGCUACUACUCCUGCCACCAUGGAGCAUCUAUCAGUAGGACUAAAGCCUGUAUCCCAGAGUGUCUUGGUGCGCCGACUACUGCUACGGCAGCUCAGAGCGACCCUAAGCAAAGGUCAGUGGUGUAGCUCAUUGGAGCUGUGCUGCGUCAUCAGCCUGAACCAACCCUCCACAGAAAGGACAACCUGCUUCCUGCCAGUGCCAAACAACCCCAAGACCCCUCUGGAAUGGAGAGAAGAAAUUACCCUGGAACUGAGCCCAGAAACCAAAGAGCUGAGAGUGAGACUUCUGGAGCGGAUUGGCAAAAGCGAGCAAUUUCUCCCAGGACAUGCCUCCUUGGCCUUAGACCUGCAGUCCAAAGUUCCUACCUCUGUCACACUCACAAUAAAGCCAAGCACCGCUUUGGAACUUAUUGCCACCAUCACAGCAGAACUUCAGUAUGUGGAAAGUGAGGAAAUUCUUUCACCACUGCGUUCCUCACUCACACCUACCAAAAAGGUUGACGUGGAUCGAACCAUCAUGCCGGAUGGAACCAUUGUCACCACUGUGACAACUGUCCAGUCCCGACUCAAACUGGGAUGCAGCCCAGGGGAGUCACCGAUGCGUUCCCCAUCCAAAGUGGAGGUGACUGAGAAGAAGCCCACCAUUCUCCAUGAUGGAAGAGAAACACCCAGUCCUGAUCCCAGCAAGGGCACCCGCUUGUCUAACGGCUUGGAUCCUGUUGCAGAAACAGCCAUUCGACAGCUGACCGAGUCCAACUCCAAAAUGGCUCGUAAGACCCCAACGAAAAGAAGCACGCUGAUCAUCUCGGGUGUGUCAAAGGUUCCACUCUCUAAGGACGAGUGCACUUUGUCGAGUGGCUAUGCCGCCGCAAUGGACGCCGCCAUGCAAAGCAACCAUUUUGGGGUGGGGCGCCACCAGGAGCCAGAUGAGACCACACCGUCGGAUGUGUCGGAGCGUCCGUCUGUGGACGAUGUGGAAUCAGACACUGGCUCCACUGGUGCCUUGGAAACACGCAGCCUCAAGGACCAUAAAGUGGGAAUUCUGCUAAGUGGAUCAAAGCUGCUGUUCCGCAGAAGACGCCGGGAGAAGGAGCCCUGCCUCAGCCAGUCUCACGAAGACAUCUCCAAAAUGGAGAAUAACUUUGCAGCGAAUUCAGCAAACAGUCGAAAGAAGUCCGGCAGCUUCUCACGACGGCUCAUCAAGCGCUUCUCUUUUAGAUCAUCGGGGAAAUGGAAAGGCAAAUCUGCAAGCACCAAUGGGGGAGCAAGCUCUGCCAAUAACUGAUAUCUUGCUGACUCAGCAAAUUGGAUGGAGGACACCAUUUGAAAUACUCCAGGACAAAUCAAAAUACUGAAGCUGAAAUGAGAUGAAGACUUUUGUUUUGGAGGGUAAUAUUUUGCUGGACUGAGACGGGAACAGUUGCAAUGAAAUGCUGUGCUUCUUUUUAAUUCUUCUUUGAAAUAAUUUAAUGAUGCCACUACAAUGGUAGUGGUGCACUUUAGACUCUACUGUUUUUUUUACAUUCUACAUAACAUGUGGGAUGCAUGUAUAAAAGUAAUUUAUUAUUGUGUGUUUCUCAUGAAAUAAGUGCUAUUUAUUUUAACCAUACAAUGGAUUGUCUUAGUUGCAUUACGCUGUAAAAUAGAGACAUUGCUGUGAUUUUCCGUACAAAAAAAGCAAAAUUACAUGUUAAUCUAGUCAUGUUUUCCUCUUGUGAUUGCGUAUACAUUGCUUUAAGACAGGAGUGUCCAAACCUUUUCCACCAAGGGGCCGCAUAAAAAAAUAUUAAAGGAUGCAUGCGGGGGCCACUUUGAUACAUUUUGUAGAUUAAAGUUACUACAAUCAGUACAUUAUAGGUCAAUAUAUGUCAAAGCAUCUGAACACAUGACAUCUUAUCUUUGAACUAAAUCAAGCAUUUUUAAGCAUAAAAAUGGCUAAAUUAACUAAAAACAAAAAAACAAUCUGACCAGGCUGUUCUUCAACCUCAGAGCAUUACUAACAUCAGCAUGCCAACUUUUUCCACCAAAUUUGUAGCCAAACGCCUUGGACUAAUAUAACUUGGCACUUUCACACAUUCUAACAUUGGCAGGCUAACUUUUUUUUUAGGCAGUUUUGCAGCUGAACACCUCAUAAUCAUAACUUGGUACUUUGACAAUGGUUAGCUGUUAGCAUGAUGAUGCUAACUUUUUAUUUUUUAGGUAAUUUUACAUGGCAACGCAUUUUCGCAUUGUCAUAUGCCGUGGUACUUGACACAUUCUAACUGUUGGCACGCUAACGUUAGUAUUUUUAAGUUUGGCUUGCCAUUUCAGCAUUUGCAAGCAAUUUCUCCCAAAAAUGCAUAUUACAAGCUGGGAAAAAAAAAAAAAAAAAAAAAAAAUAUAUAUAUAUAUAUAUAUAUAUAUAUAUAUAUAUAUUUAUUUUUAUUUUUUUUAAAUUUUAUUUUAUUGUGUUUUGUUUUGUUUUAUUUUGUUUUGUUUUGUCAUUAGAAUGCGUUGCGGGAAAAUUAAAAACAAGCUCCGGGCUGCAAAUGCCCCCCCGGCUGCACUUUGGACACCCCUGCCUUAAGCCAUUAUUAAUUUAUGUAGUUUUUAAAAUAAGCAGGAAACCUACAUUUUCUACUUCUUUAAAUAAAUGCAUUUUGGUUUGCAGCGGAGUUUCUUCAAAAGCAGAGUCGGCGGGUUUAUUAAUGUCGUUUAUUGGUACUGUCCCUGUUUAAAAAAAAAAAAAGAUUGGGCCCUUCUACUUCACAAAAGCACAAUGUGUACUGGAACACAUUAUAUUUGACAUGAUGCUUUCAAACAUUUCUGCAUUGAAAUACAAUAAACGUUUUCUUAGGUUGCAGGGAUAAAAUGCUAAAUAAAAUGUGUCAUUAUGUUACAAGUUUUGUAAGUGUUCCAAAAGGCCCCUGUGAAUAUGAUGAAGGACUUGUUAUGAAGAGGUUGUACUCAGGGUUCAAAUACAACAUGCAUGCUUCCACUGAAAACGUUGAAAGCAAACAGACAGGAUGUACGUACAUUAGACACAUUUGGCCGCUUAGCAAAAGAUUUCCGUUUUUUCCACAGUAACUUAAACAUUUGAUACAGGACUUGAGAAACUGCAGCCAUGAUGAUAUUGAUGGAUAUAUACAUCAGUGGUUCUCAACCUUUUUACAGUGAUGUACCCCCUGUGAACAUUUUUUUUUAUUUUAGUACUCCCUAAUCAGAGCAAAGCAUUUUUGGUUGAAAAAAAAAGAGAUAAAGAAGUAAAAUACAGCACUAUGUCAUCAGUUUCUGAUUUAUUAAAUUGUAUAACUGUGCAAAAUAUUGAUCAUUUGUAGUGGUCUUUCUUGAACUAUUUGGAAAAAAACAUAUAAAAAUAACUAAAACUUGUUGAAAAAUAAACAAGUGAUUCAAUUAUAAAUCAAAAUGUCUACACAUAGUAGUAAUCAUCAACUUAAAGUGCCCUCUUUGGGGAUUGUAAUAGAGAUCCAUCUGGAUUCAUGAACUUAAUUCUGAACAUUUCUUCACAAAAAAAGAAAUCUUUAACAUCAAUAUUUAUGGAACAUGUCCACAAAAAAUUUAACUGUCAACACUGAAUAUUGCAUUGUUGCAUUUCUUUUCACAGUUUAUCAACUUACAUUCAUAUUUUGUUGAAGUAUUAUUCAAUAAAUAUAUUUAAAAAGGAUUUUUGAAUUGUUGCUAUUUUUAGAAUAAU